ACACGAGAGGUGUUUAAGUUCUCGUCCACAACAAAACAUUGUCAUUUGACAAACUACCCAAUUGUUUGUAAACGCAGUAAUAUACUUACGCACACACACACACACAUAUAUACAUAUCAUUCACACACAGAGAUUUGUACUUAUCCGGUCAUAUGCAAAACCAGCAUGGAUACUGAACGGUAGGUACCAUUAGGUAUAGUGAAUUAAACCAACAUGCUGAUAAUUCUGAAGCAAAAAUGAGUUCCAUUGAACUUGAAAAUCAGUGUUUCGCCACCAGUGUUGAGAUUGAAAGUCUUGAAUCUUCAAGAAAGAAAUCACGCUUGGGAAAACACAGAGGAAAGAAGAAACGGAAUAUAAAUACUCGACUUCCAGUAAAAAUUACCAGAGAACAAAGUAGUUCUGCAUAUUCCAGCCCAAAUGAUUCUGAUGACUUGACAGAUACAGAUAUAUCGUCUGAUAGUUACAAAAGGGAUGGUCUAAUGUCAAAUCAGUUAGGACGUUUAAUUUAUAAUUCAUCAAAUGAAGAAAGCCAUUUGAAAAAUCGAUUCCUAUUUCCAAAUCCUCAGAACUACAGCAAAAACCAGGGUUUAAAAAUAUUUCAUCAACACUUCUCACUCUUAGUUGGUUUGGGAAAUCAAACAAGUAAUUAUUCAAAGCCUCAAGAAAAUAUACAACUAAAAAACAAUAAUGAUUCACUCUGGCUCAGUAUUCAAGCAUGGUACAAUAUUGUCAGUUUAUAUGAACAAGAGGAAAUUCUCAAGCAAAACAGGGGCAAAAUUCCUGAUAUUCUAAAUGAAAUUAUCAACUUCAAACUGAAUGGCUGUAAUAAUGAUGAUUCUGCUGUUCUUUCAGAGUCUAAUAUUAAUGACAUUAGCUGUGAUAGUUCUGAUUUCCAAAAUGCAUACUUAAGCAGUAAUUAUGUUUUUACAUUAACUGAAGAAACAAUGAAUUCCCAAAGAUUUGCUCUGAAAAAAGUUAGUGAGCUUUUGGAUAAACUUGAUUUCUGUGAGAGACAGUUUCCGACAACAAAAGCCCUUGGUGAAGUCUAUCCAUUGUACAACCAGAAACACUUUAUAUAUCGAGUGAAAUCUCUUUGUUUGUGGUUGAAUAUUACUCAAGAACUGUCCCAUAAAAUUCGUCUGCUUGGUUGUGUCUUACAACAAAAUGUGCAGAAGCGUAAAGACUGGCCUUGGUUUGAAAAUUAUAGGGAAAUAGAUAAUUUGUUACUUGGAAGGUAUGAGAGUGCAUGGUCACAACUACCAAAUAGUGAAACAGAUUCUUAUUUUAAUCAAAGAGAUGAAAAAUCAUGUGAAGAUUAUGCUUUUAAUUCAUUUUCGCAACUGUCCCUUAUCUGUGAUUCAGGUAAAUCAACUUUUUCACAGCCAGAAUUCAAAUUUGAUCUAAACGACAGUGAUCAGUCUUCAUUAAUUACUUCACCUGCUACAAAAUUGUCUGCAUCACGCAGCUCAAAAAUUUCUCGUAGCUCCUCAUACCAGAGUUAUUCUCAUAUAUGUUAUGAAAUUGACACAGGUGGGGAGAGUGGUUCAAAAUCCUCAUUUUAUCACGAUUAUGUUGAUCAUGGUUUGAAGAAAAUGGGGAUGCAUAAAUUACUUAAAAGACUAAGAGAUCUUUUAAGUGGAUCUUUAAGCCGUGCUGAAGAAGCACUAUGUAAACCUCAAGAGAAUACUACAGGCUUCAGUUCUUUAUCAUCUAAUUUAUCAAAAGAUGUCAGCACACUACUGCCAGUGAUCAGCAUGCCACAAAUGUCUGAAUCCAAUACCGUUGAUGAAACAAACUGUUGUGGGAGUAGGAAAGUAAACCAAGGUUCUUGGAACAAACAAUUCCUGGAAUUGGGCUUACCUUCAUUCCGUUCAAGUUACUUGUUUCUGCUGCGUGUCUUAUUGGAUGUUGUGUAUGAGUGCAUGCGACUUCGUCUGGAUCAACGACCCAUGGGCGAGCCUUCUGCUCUCAGUGUUAGACAGUUGAUUCGUGAGUGCAAAGAUGUCUUGAAAGGAGCUGUCCAAAUGAAGAAGUACUACUUGAGCAUGGUUUCUACCACAGUCUGGGACAGUGACCCUUCCAAGGUUGAAGAUGUCAUGGACUUAGAAAAAUAUGAUGCCCAUAUGAAGAUGGUUCUAGAGGUUUAUUUCAACUACCUACAAAAUUGGAUGAAUAAUCUGCAAAAUUUACCUGAUGCAUCUCAGAGUUUGAAGAAUACUUUAGAAGAAGAAUGGGCAUUUACAAAGUCAAUCUGCCCUUUUGUCAUUGGUGGAGAAGCAGAAGCAGGAAAACGUUUUAGUGCUCUUGCUAGUGGCCUACUUAGCUCCAUAGCUGACUUCUUGGAGAAUGGAGUUGAUGAGUUUUACACUAAAGGUAAUGAGAGUGAGGAAGAGACUGCUUGCAAAGAGAAUGGUCAUAACAGAGAAGGGGAAAGAGAUAUGAAAGAAGUCAAAACUACAAGUAGUCAUGCAAUAAAUAAUGCUAAAUUGGAGACAAACCCUGACGAUACUGCUCUUGAUAAAUCUGCUGAUGAUGAGGCCUACCACAAGGACAAAGUAUUAAAAUUAAGACAUCGUAUUCAGCAAACAUUUCGUGACUCCAAAAAUCUUUUCCGUGAAGGACGUGAACGAACUUCAAAAGCUUUAGGCUUUGCCAAAAUGUUGAGAAAUGACCUUGAAUUAGCUGCUUCAUACAAAAUGAAUGUUUCCAAAAUAGAGAUUAUAUCAAAAUUGGAAGAAAUGAAGCAUGUAUUGGUGAGUGUUCCUCUCAGUUUAAGCUACCUGAUAUUUAUUCCAGAAAGAAUUCUGAAGAACCAGAACCUAAUUUUACAACUUCUGAAUGUAACAUGUGGUAAAGAGGAUUGCUAUUCACAUACUGAUCCUACACAUGAUCAAGAUAUCAACAGAGGUUACUUGUUAAUGCUGCAAUGUGAUAAUGAUGUGAACAAACAGUCGUGGAAAGGAUCCACAGUACAUGUAGAUGCUACUGCACAAACAGCAAUUGCUUUGUCUCAUAUUGCUGUAGACAGUCUUAUGUUAGUUGUGACUCAUUCAUCUGUACUGAAUGCAAUACAAGAAGAAUUUUCUAAGCUGAUGGAUACAACUGUUGAAGUGUUUCAGGAACAAAUUUCCUGUCAUCAAGCCAUCUCAGAAUCUCUAGCUGAACUUAAGGCUACAGCUAUGCACCUAAGACAGAACAUAUCCUCGACUCUAUUGCAACUGAAAGAGAAGCUGUAUUUUGUUGAGAUUAAUAAAAUGGAUACCAAAGAAAGAAAUCAUUUACUUGGCCUUUAUUGUGUAACAAUUAUUAAAGGCUAUAAUUUUGGAUUUGAGUAUCAUCGAGAACUACAACGUCUUGUAUCAGAUGAACAGAAAAUUGAACUUGGGAAAUGUAUGAUUAGUUUUGCAAGGGAAUGGAUGAAUUUCAUCUCUGAGAAAUGGGAAAAGGGCCGAGGGCGAAGGCCAACAUGGGCAAAUCAAGGCUUGGAAUUUCUUGUCUCUGUUUGUGACCCUAAAAUAAUGGAAUUACUUCCAGAAAGUGAAUUUUCAGUUUUUAUAUCUGAUAUCAAAAAUUGUUUGGAUCAUAUAGUUGGACGAAGCAAUACAGUAAGAAGUCCCACUUCUGGUUCAGCCACAAGUCCUGAUGUUUAUGGUUAUACUAGAUUUCCAUCAGUUGAAGAAACUCGUCCAUUAGCUGGUUCUUCUGAUUCAUUGUCAACAUCAGCUGCAAAAGACAGGCAUAGCAGAAGUGCCCAUAUUCUGCAGUCUAUCAACAAUCUUGAAAAUAAGCGGAAUAAAAAGUUACAGAAAUCACAUAUUAUUGGGUAUAUCACAAACAAAUCUUCAGAUUUGGAUUUGCGUAUUCGAGUGAGGCGAGUGAAUUUCAGAUGGCAGAGAGGCAUUAAAAUAGGGGAAGGUACUUUUGGCAAGGUAUACACUGCUGUAAAUGUGGACACUGGAGAGUUAAUGGCAAUGAAAGAGAUGAAGUUAAAACCAACAAAUAAAAUGAGAAAUCCUUUGAAAGAACUUGUUGAGGAAAUGAACAACCUAGAAGGAAUUAAUCAUCCAAACCUAGUCAAAUAUUAUGGUGCAGAGGUUCAAAAGGAUGAAAUGAUUAUAUUCAUGGAAUAUUGUGAUCGAGGAACAAUUAAGGAAGCUUCAAAGCUUGGCUUGCCUGAAAGCAUAAUUCGGUUGUAUACAAGAGAAAUUUUAAAAGCACUAUGUCACCUACAUGAAAAUGGUAUCAUUCAUCGGGAUCUGAAAGGGGCCAAUGUAUUUCUUACAUCGGAUGGGGCAGUAAAACUUGGAGACUUUGGUUGUUCUGUCAAGUUAAAAAGUCAUUCAACAAUCCCUGGUGAAAUUAGUGAUUUAGUUGGAACAACUGCUUACAUGGCUCCUGAAGUUUUUACACGGAAUGAUAGUGAAGGACAUGGAAGAGCUGCUGAUAUUUGGAGUUUGGGAUGUGUAGUGUAUGAAAUGUCUACAGGCAAACAACCCUGGUAUGACCAACACCCAUAUCAAAUAAUGUUUUUAGUUGGUUUAGGAAAUGUACCACCAAUUCCAGAAAACUUAAGUCGAGAAGGGAAAGAGUUCCUGAAACACUGCUUUGAGAUAGAACCUAGUCGACGCCCUUGUGCCAUCGACCUACUAAACCACCCUUUUCCAAAGGUUUCUGAUGAAGACAUGAACCUCUGAGCGCAUUACUACUAAAACCUUUUUGCGAUACAGUAGAUAUGAGAAAAAGCAACAGAUCUUUGAUAAUAAUUUUUAUGAUUAAUAGGAAAGACAACUGAAAAUUGGGAGAGAAUCAUGUUUUUGUAAUGUCCACUUAAUGACAUUUAAAUUAAAACUUUUUCCAAUUA